CUCGGUAGUAACUUACAAAAGGUCGUACAGAAAACAUCAGACAUCUUAUAUAAGUUCGACUUGACUUAAACUAUGUAGAGUGGGAAAAUAUCUUGGCGAAGUAUGUUUUCUUUUCACUGCGUGAUUGUCCUGAACUGAAUGCCAGAUUUAUUUUUAUCAGAAAUGACAUUACCUGUAGAUUUCCUCGUAGAUACUUCAUUAUCCCAGCCUUUUCACAUCUAAUGGCCCAGGCUAAUAAUAAUAAAAAAAAUCCAUCAAAUAUAACUAAACCCCAAACAGUAGGAAAAAAAAGCCUAAACGCGUAUAUAUACUGAAUUGUCAGGAAAUUAGAGAGGGAUACGUUUUUCAGCUGGGGACCUGAAGGACACCGUAUCCACCACCUGUAUUCUGCUCACCUGUCGUCAACACCAUGAAUGCGCCAGUCUUUGAAAAGCUCCUGGAGGAGGUAGGCGACAGCGGGCGGCACCAACAGCUCCUCUUCUGGCUCUUUGUGGUGCCAAUUAACUUCCUCAUCCCGUGGGUGGCUCUCACGCCCAUCUUUAUGAGCUCGACGCCCGCCCAUUGGUGCCACGUGCCCGGCCGUCCGCAGGAUGUGUCGCUCGACCAGUGGAAGACGCUCACCAUUCCGAAAGAAAGCAAGGACGGGGCAGAAGUGUACAGCGAGUGUCAGCAGUACAACAUCACCCUCAGUGACCUUGACCUAACAUCUGACCUUGCUAGUUUUACAGCGAAGGUCGAUGCUACGUAUGACCGCAUAGACUGCCAACACGGAUGGGACUACGACCAGACAGACUACGACACCACCCUGAGCACGGAGCAGGACUGGGUGUGCGGCCGAGACACGCUGUCGGCCAACUGGCAGUCCAUCGGCGUGGCUGGCAACGUCGUCGGGACCUUCGUCUUCAAUUCACUGUCGGAUAUCCUCGGUCGCCGUCCCGUAUUUGUGGUAGCUAUGAUGAUGUACGCCGUGUUCGGAUUGCUACGAAUGUACGUGACGAGUUACGAGUGGAUCAUGGUCACGAUGUUCUUGGCUUCGACUUCGUUCCCGCCAAUCCUGGAACUUCCACUGAUCAUCGUGAUGGAGCAGGUGUCUCCGGGGUGGAGAGCGAGAAUCACCUCCACCAGCUUCAUUCUGUGGACCUUCGGCAUGUGUCUCCUGCCCCUGAUUGCCUGGCUCUCGAGGGACUGGGUCACUCUGGGGCUCAUCACUACCAUCCCCUUCUUCGUCUUCGUGCUGGCUUGGUGGCUCCUACCAGAGUCCCCUCGAUGGCUCCUGUCUCGCAACCGCUUAGAAGAAACGGUAAAUCUGUUAAGGACUAUUGCUCAGCGUAAUGGACGUCCCGUGCCUGAAAAGCUUGAGGAGACAGUCCAGGUCCUUGCCAAUACUCAUAAUACAGAGAAGAACUAUGGUUUCAUCCAACUCUUUAAAUACCCUAAAGUGAGAUUGAGGACUGUACUGCUGACAGUAGGCUACACUUGUAAUAACCUCUUUUACUAUGGCCUGGCAUAUAAUACAACCAACAUGAGCGGCAAUGAGUUCAUCAACUUCUUCUUGCUUAGUAUUACUGAGCUUCCCUCGAAUAUCUUAGCUUGGUGGGCUGCUAAUUACAUAGGAAGAAGAUGGACAGAAGCUGGCUGUUUUCUCUUUGCAUCAGUCUUUGCUGUCAUUGCAAUUUUCACCUUGAAUAGUGCACUGUGGCUUAACAUCACCAUACAUAUCCUGAGCAAACUAUUCAUCACAAUGAGCUUCCUGGUGGUGUACAUCCAGUGUGCGGAAAUCUAUCCAACAACUCAUCGAGCUGCUGGGACAGGAUUGUCUUCCCUUAUUUCAUCAUCCUUUGGAACUGCUGCACCCUAUAUUGCAUUUUUGUCUGACCGCGGUCCUUGGAUUCCAUACGUCAUCCUAUUUGCCAUCGGGACUCUUGGCUUCCUGUGUAGUUCCCUCCUGCCAGAGACCUUGGAUGCUGAUCUUCCACAGUCCCUAAUGGAUGCCAACACCUUCCUCACAUCUGAGAAAUAUUUCUCUUACAAGGGAAAGCGGCCAUGCACAAAGAAAGUUGUUGUGAAUGAGACCUCCAGGCUCAGAGGUGAAGUGAACUUGGCACAUUCCGAAAUUAAUAUUUCGAACACUAAUGGUAAGGAUGACUGAUGUAUAUAUCUGUCUCUUCAUUACCAUGGAGGAAGUGUCAAGGAAAAUUAAAAUGUAUCAUAAUAGUUACAAUUAGCUGCAUGUUAAAUGCUAUAUAUCACUGUAAUUUAGUUAGUCACUGUAGUAAAAUGCAAAAUAUAUUAUUACAAUACUUAUUGGUGAUAUGCUGUAAGGUGACGCUACAGUCAUUCACCAACUUAGAAACUCUAAUAAAUACAUAAAACACCUGUUAUGUGGGAUUCCAUAUUCACUCAAGAACAACCAUCUCCAAGGAAAUUCAGAAGAUUGAUAAUAUGUCUCUGAAGUGUGACAUUUAGUAAUCAUAGAAUAUCAAUUCAUUCUUCACCUUACAUUUUUAUUGCGUUACAUUUCAUAAAUAAUAAUUGAUGUCAUAAAUACUGAUUCAUUACAUACAUGUCAUCUUACAUGAAAAGAGAGCCAUAUUGGUUUAGAUAUUAGCAUCAGUUGUAGAGGUUUUAUUUCAAGAGUUUAUGUCAUGUUUAAAACUGCCAUAAUCUUCCAGUGCCAGUAUAUCAUUAUUGUGUUUAGAAAUUUGUAUUCUAUUUAAAAAUAGCCAAAUGAAAUAUAUUGUUUUAUAUAUCAGGAAAGAAAACCAAUCUUUAUGCAUGUUCUAUACAGGAUUUUAGACUUAAGAAUUCACAAUAAGAGUUGAGUAAUGCAAUAUACUAAAAUGGUACUAGUAUUAUUUUACAAAAUAUUCUAAAAAUAGAGAUAUGUAAAUCAGUCUAUAUUUUUAUAUAUAUAUAUAUAUUCUUCCAAAAUUUUAAUACUGUUUCUGUACCUAAAUUUUAAAACAAUUCAUCCUCUUUUACUUGUUAUUAUAUUUAAAUAAAUGUCUCAUUUAUAUGUCUCCCUUA